CACACAUCAUGGCUGCCCCCAUGCCCCUGGGUCUCCCUGCGGCCGCCUGUAGAGCGUUGUUUCCCCGGUGCUGAGCGCUUGUUGAGCAGCGGCUCCGGGGCUGUCGGGGAAGCAGCUGUGACGGGCAGCCAUGUCCUCUUUGUGUGUGAGCAGAGGAGAGUGCGCUGGGUAAUGGGCUGCAGCCGGCAGACUUCUCCAGUAUCCGCUCUGGCAGCAGGUCUUGAGAUCCUUACUCAGUGUAAUGCAGCAUGGACAACCUCAACCCUCCCAUAAUGUUUGAUUUCACCAUGGCCAGUGGCGGGAGCAUGGUGACCCCAGGGAAAAAGCCGGCAGGGGAGACUUCAAACUCCAAUAAGAAAUGUAAGAGGUAUUUCAAUGAGCACUGGAAAGAAGAGUUCACCUGGCUGGAGUUUGACUAUGAACGAAAGCUAAUGUUCUGUAUGGAGUGUCGACAGGCUCUUGUGAAGAACAAGCAUGGCAAGGCUGAGAACGCCUUCACCGUGGGGACUGACAAUUUUCAGAGACAUGCACUUCUGCGUCACGUGACGUCCGGUGCCCACAGGCAGGCGCUGGCAGUGAAUAGGGAGCAGCUGGCCAUGGAAAUGCACUUUCACCAAGAGUUAAAGUCCGUCAUCAAAGCCGAGAUGGAUCCAUCUAAGAUAGCUAUUCUGACCACUGUCUACACCAUGGCAAAGGAUGGUAUCUCGAGCAGGAAGCUUCCAUCUCUGCUGGAGCUGCAGAAAUUUAAUCUUUGUGAGGCUCUGCUGUCUUCUGAGCAAAAUGAAUAUUACUAUCCAAGCAGUGUAAGACAAAUGCAGGCAGCCAUUGUUAAAGUACUGCACAGUGAAGAUCAAAAGAGAUUGAAAGAUUCUCCAUUUAUUGGGCUUGUGUUUGACGAGACCAUGGAUAUCACAGAACAGCAAAGUCUCGUAGUGUUCACCACAUCCAUUUCACCAUAUGAUGGACAACUGUUCAUUGCGUUCCUGGGAAAGUUUGACUUGUGUUCAGGGGAUGCCAGCUCUGUUUUAGAUAAAGUAAAGGACAUUUUGAAUGAUUUUCAUGUCCCACCUAAGAAAGUAGCUUGGUUAGGUUCGGAUGGUUCAUCACUAAUGUCAGAUAGGCAAAAUGGUGUUGGUGGAAAGCUGAAAUCUAUUUGUCCACUUGUAUCAGAGUUUCACUGUAUAUCACACAGAAGGUCAUUGCUUCCAACCGAAUGCUUUAACAGUGUUGAAUAUGUAAAAAAAUAUGAAAGUAUCAUUGAUGCGGUAUAUAGACUGUAUGGUAAUAAAAAUGGGGACAGCCAAAGCUUUAUUGAGUUGCAUAAGGUUCUCACUGUCUGUGGCAUAGACUUAAAUUGUGCAAGAACGUUUCAUUGGACAUCCAUCCUGCCAGCUGUCGAAACCAUUGACUUUUCUUGGCCGACUCUUGUUCUUUUACUUGAAAGUGAAUCUGCGAAGUCUCCUAUAGCCAGUGGACUAUGCGUGGAGCUAAAAAAGUUCUGGUUUGUGGCUUUUACCAAGGUUUUACUUGAUAUACUUCCCAUCUUCCAAAAACUCAACCAGUUCUUCCAGAUUGAGGAUAUUGAUAUAUCUAUGAUAAACCCAAUAGUUACAGCAUCACAGGCCACUCUGCAGGCUCAAAAAUCCACAAAUGGACAGAACUUUCAAGAGUUCCUUAACGACUUGAACGAACAUCCUGAUGAGGACAGUGAGAGCAGGUUCUACUACAAAGGAGUAGAAUUAGUUGACUGCUCCAAAGUCCAUUUGAAAGACUUUGAACUUAUAAAAGAAGACUGUCUUGAAAAUGUGUGCAAGAGCCUGCAGGACCGAUUUCCUAGCAAUGUACUUAAGAUGAUCAGCUCUUUUUCAGUUGUGUUCAGUCCAAAGAGUUACCCAUCAUCCCUGGAUGAUAUUGGUACCUAUGGAGAAAUAGAAUUACGGUACCUUCUGCAGUAUUUCUCUCGUGUUUUGGUUCCAGAGAGGGCAUCAAACGACUUUGCCCUGUUCAAACGCAUAGUGUUUAGCCUUAGCCACUUGAGUUUUCGAGAUCUUUGUGUGAAGCUGGUCCACUCCAACUCUGAGAUGCAUGAGCUUUUCCCUGACUUUACUGUCUUAGCUGCUGUUGCUUUAGUCCUGCCGCUUGGAUCUGUACUCUUUGAAAAAAUAAGUCGGGUGAAAGAGUUACUGAAGCAGAGUUGCCACCAGGAAGGAAUGGCUGGUGAUCUUAGCGAUGUUCUUAAAAUUGCUAUCGAUGGCCCUGUACUUAAUGACCUAGACUUUUCUAGAGCAGUUCAUUAUUUUGAAGGCACAAGGGAAUCAGAGUCCUUUGUUUCGGAAGGCAGGUGGGAAACAUAGGAGGUUUGAUGUAGUUGUCUACUAUAAAUUACAGGGUCAUAACAUAUAUCAUAGAAAAUAACAAAUACUUUACCAAAAAGUCAUUUCAACCAAUCGGUGUACUGCUUAGUAAAUUAGGAAGCAAUCCCUGUGACUCUGAAUACAGGUUACUAGGCAGCAUUCCGAAAAACAGUAUAUAAGGUCAUUGGUUCUGCUUUAUGGAAAAUCUCCAUAAUAUCUAUAAUAUUAUGUCAAUUUCCAUGCUUUUUAUAACUAUGUGAGAUGUGACUAACUUUAUUCUUCAAAAAUUGAGGAAGUGCAACACCAGAGUAACUAAUGGUAUCUUCCCAGUGCCACAAUACUAUAUACUAGUUUUGUAUUGACACCUGUAUUUUAGUUCUUCUUUAUGUAUCAUCUAUUCUUGUGUUGAUAUUCUUACCAAAGUGUUUAUGAAUUAGGUUAAGUAGUUAAUAGCUUUUGAAAUGUUGACUUAACCAUAGUUCUGCUUUGGUUAAAGCGGACCUUUCGCACCCCAGCAACAACUGCAGCCCUCUUUACCUGUAGCCAUAGCUCCACAGAUUCUAGUAGUGUUUAUUUUAUCCCUAGCCGCCCUCCCCCCACCAUUCAGAGAGAUCAGUGGCCUUCGUUUUAGGCCCUAGUUUGCUGUUGAAGCUGUACUGUCAAGAGGGUGGUCACCAGUACUCAUUUCCAAAUGGGCGAGUGAACCAGAGUGCUCUGAUGUCAACGCUGAUUAGAGAGGGGCUAGAAGAAAAGAAAAAAAAACUUCAAGGGUAUGUGGUGUGGUGGCUACACCCAAUAUGUGACAGGUUGUCUUCAGAGCUCCAAAUUGAUCUUCCUCUGUUAACGUCUUUGCACGUUUUAUUGCAUUGUUUUAAGCAUAACAGCUUUGUUACUAUUCACAUUGGAAAAAAUUCACAAUAUAAUGAACUGUUAAACAGUUCAACUUUGACGGCAGUAGCCUAUAUCCUAUACCCUAGUAGAGCGGAAACAUUAAAAGGGUUGGCCCACCUCACACAUUAGUGCCAUAUCGAUAGGAUAUGACCCACACCUAUCUAGAACAGGGGCCCUCAAAGUGAACGAAGGCGUUGGGCAGAUGUGGCUACCUUACGUUUACAUCUGUGGGAGUACUGAAUUUUUUUUUCUGGAACUCCCAUAGAGGUUAAAGGAGAGAUGGCCACGCGUGAUAUGGAAGUUCCGGAAAUAGCCGCGCAUGCGUGGUUUGCUCCCCUUUGUUCUAGAGAUAGGUCCAGGUCCCAGAGGUGAGACCCACACCUAUAUGACAUUGGUGGCAUAUCCUUGCGAUAUUCCAUUAAUGUGUGAGAUGGGCCAAUUCUGUAUACUACAAGCAGUGAAAUCAAUAUAUAUACAUGAGUAUUGGGUUUAUCAGUGCUGAUAAAAAAACAACUCAUGUAUUUCCUUGUAGGUCGGUUGACUGCAUACUCAAAGUCAUUGUCACCAGUUUAUGAAAGUAAACGGUGCACUAAGGAUGUGCUACCACUGUUCACACAGCUUACCACUAGGAGCGCUGUUUCAUCUGAACCCAUUUCUAAUCCAGCACUACACAUACAUCAUGGCAACUUCCAAUCAAAGUAAUUCAUGAAUAUUUGCAGUGUUAUGGCUUUUAUUGUACAUAUGGUUGUUUCGUGUAAGGGUACAUUCACAUGACCGUAUGUGUUUUGCAGUCCACAAAUGAUAGAAAGCCUUAUGAUAGAAAUGCCUAUUCUUGUCCUCAAUUACAGACAAGAAUAGGGCAUGCUCUAUUU